CCCGCGGCGCGGUGCCGGGAGGCGAGCCGCCGCUGCAGGCCUCCGGCUGGCUGGGGGCGGAGGGUUGGCGCGCCCUGACCGCCCGCGGCGCCGCGGCCCCCGUCCCCGAGGCUCGAGCGGCGUCGGGCGGCCCGGUCGCAUCGGUGCCCGCGGCGCCUGGAGAAGAGGUGUCCGCCGACGAGAGGCCGCCGCUCCGGCUGAGCUUCGACGUCGAGGCCAGCCUGGCCCUGCGGUCGCCGCCCGAGGCGGCCGCGGUGCUCGAGCUCGCGCGCGUGGUCUCCCAGCGCCGCCCCCUGGUGGUCGCGCGGGACGAGCCUCCCGCGCCGGGCCGCAGCGGCGGGUUCGGCACCGUGGAAGACCUGCGGAGGAGCAUCAUCACUCAAGUCUUCCCUUUCUUCAACGAGUCCGUCUGCUUCCACUUCGACGCGCCAGGCAUUCCCGGCCUGCUGGACGAGCUGGGGGACGAGUUCGCCGACGAGGCCCUGACCUCCGCCGCCGGGAGGGCCCUGGGCGUCCCCCUGGACAUGUACGAGCGGGCCGACCGAUUCGCCGGCUGGAGGGCGGUCCCCGGGGGCAGGUGCGGCGCCUGGGAGGUCCAGGAUCAGGCCUCCAUGCCGGCGUCUGGUCUGGCCGGGGACGGCCCCGCGGACGAGCAGCGAGCUGCGCUCCAGCGAGCGAUGGCCCUGGCUCGGGCUCCUCCGCGGUGGCCGGCCGCGGGCAAGAGUGCCUUCAGCCAGGAGGAGGACCCCGGCGUCUUCUACUUCGAGGUCAACGCCUCCUUCUGCGUGGACCCGACCGGGCGGCUGCUGGCGGUGAACACGUCCUCCCUGGUGGAGCUCAAGAAGAACGGGACCGACACGAGGGUUGCGGCCACCAAGCAGGCCGUCCUCAAGCACUCUCACGACCCCCAGUCUGGAGCCAGGCUGCUCCACCCGGAGCGGCGGGCAUCCGGCGGCCGGUGCGCCAACCUCACUGGCGGGGCGGCCAACGCCACGCAGCUGGUGAACGAGGAGGAGCGCCUCGCCCGCAUCAACCGCGAGGCCGGGGGCGGCUGGGUGGCCGCGCCCUAUGGCCACUGGCGGGGGCUCUCUCUGGCCGACCUGUCGUCGACGCUCGGGGCUACCAUGGAGCCCCUGAGGCUGCCGCCGAGGCCCGCGGCGGGCAGCUGCGCGCCGGGCGGGGGGGGCGACUGCAGCUUCAGGGCGGGCGCGGGGCCGCUGCCGGAGGCCUUCGACGCGCGCGAGCGCUGGAGCGAGUGCCCGUCGAUCCGGGCCAUCCGCAACCAGGGGAAGUGCGGCUCCUGCUGGGCGUUCUCCGCCGCCACCGUGCUCGCAGACCGCUUCUGCGUGGCCUCGCGCGGGAGCGGCGGCACGGCGUCCGAGCGCCGCCUCCUGAGCAACUUGGUCCUCUCCCCGCAGUACAUGAUCGACUGCGACGGCGUGGACGCGGGCUGCGGGGGCGGGCACCUGGACGACGCCUGGGAGUUCCUGCGCACGACAGGCGCGUCCCAGGAGCAGUGCGACCCGUACGCCUUCUGCCUGAACGAGACCGAUGCGCUCUGCGGGAUGGGCAGGGGGAACGCCACGGGCAUGGUGUCGGCGUCCUCUGGCAAGGACCGCUGCGGCGCGCAGUGCGUCGGCGGGCACCCGCGGCGCACCUUCCGUGCCUUGUCGGCGUAUGCGGUGAGCGCGCCGGGCGACGCUCCGUCCAUGCAGAUGGACAUCCUGCAGCACGGGCCGAUCCAGGUCGGGUUCUUCGUCUUCUCGGACUGGAUGAGCUACAAGAGCGGCACGUACUUCCGGACGGCGAGCGCCUUCGGGCCCAUGGGGGCGCACGCCGUCCGGAUCAUCGGCUGGGGCAUCGACGGCCGCUCGACGCCCUUCUGGCUCGUGGCGAACUCCUACGGCGAGGGCUGGGGCCAGGCCGGCCUCUUCCGCAUCCGCCGCGGCAGCAACGAGUGCGGCAUCGAGACCACGCCCGCCGCGGGCCUGCCCGAGCUGCCGGGGCGCUCGGAGGCCGCGGCCCCCGCGGGCGCGGGCGGCGGCGGGGAGGAGCGC